AGGAAUUGACUGUGUCCUUGAAUUAGACAAAAUGAGAUUACGUAACAAGAGGGGAGUGUCCCCUGGUACAGUAUAUGUUGAUCGUGAGUUGAUUGAUGCUAGUAGGGAAUUGUGUGUGGAACCAUUAAAAGGACCAGAGAAGAAGUAUGAUAGACAAAUACAGGUGUAUGUUAUUAGAUGGCGUCCAUCACAAUGUUCAGUUGAUCCAAUAGAAGAAAUUAUACUGGACGAGUAUAAUCCUAAGCAUGUUAUUGAAAAGCUGUCAGAGUUAAGUGGAGUUCCUGCUGAGUAUAUCUAUUGUACAAAGAGUCAAUCAUUUCCAGUUGAGAUAUCAUGUCUAGAUAUUGAGAAUAAGUUGGACUGGUAUUCCAUCAGUUCAGAAAGUUACUCAUUAGCACUAUAUGUUGGUGAUGGAUAUGUCAUAUAUUACAAAGACAAUAGAGAGAGAAUGAAAGAGUUAACAGAUAAAGAAAGAUCAGAAAUACAAGAGGCAGAGGAAGCAAAGUCAGUAAACCUCAUGUAUCAUCAUGCACAUGUACUAUCAGUUAAUUAA